CCGUCGUCAACCUUUGCAGUCAUGUUCAGCUCCGCGCUCACCUCUUUGCUCCUACUCGCUCCCUUGGCCGCCAUGGCGGACAAGCGCGGCGCAGCCUGGCCGUGGUAUAACGCGAACACGAACUUGGACCCGAACGCUCUGCAGAGCUCCCCUGGCCAGGGCGUGAACUGGCUGUACAACUGGGAGACGUACAGGCCGGCUAACACUCAGAACUUUAACUUUAUCGGUACCCAGCGGUGCAUGGACUGCUCGUCGUCCCCCGUAGCCGACCUUGCAAACCGUGUCUCGAGCGGCGGCUGGAACACCGUUUUCAGUUUGAACGAGCCUGAUCUCGCUGGCAUCUCGCCCACCGAUGCCGCCGCUUGGUACAAGCAGUACAUCAAUCCCUUGCAGGUCCAGAAGGCGCUUCCAGCCAUCUCGUCGUCUACGAACGCAGGCCAGGGCAUCAGCUGGCUUGACAGCUUCAUCAGUGCUUGCAGUGGCUGCUACUAUGACUAUAUUAACCUUCACUGGUACGGCCCCAACUUCGCCUCCUUCCAGUCCUACAUUCAGAACGCACACAACCACUACCCGGGCAAGAAGUUCGUCAUCACCGAGUUCGCCCUCUCUUCCGGAAGCGCCCAGGACCAAGCCAACUUCGUCAACCAGGCGAAGAGCUUCCUGAACGGAGCUGACUAUGUCGCAAUGUACAGCUUCUUCGCUGCGACGUCCACCGCCUUGGAGCAGGCCAACGAUCCCGGCGCAGCUACUAACGCUCCCAACUCCGCACUCUACAACUCUGACGGCAGCCUCAGUGUUGUGGGUCAGGCGUACAAGUCCUGAACAAAGGCAAACUCUCGGUAAUGGGAACAAAUCAACUAAAGGGCUUCAUCCUGCUCAUAUCCGUCAUAUUUAUCUGUAAUACCGCAGCUGAGCAGUCUGUAAUAACAAGGGUGUCAUGGUAACCCAAUGUGAAGUGCACAUUACCUCGUCCUACGCAGAGUUCUCAAAGGCGUGACCGCGCGUAGACCCAGUUCCA